UUAUAUAUUUUGGUCUUGAUAACUAUUCAAAUAUUUUCAAAUGCUUCUUUUAGUUUCUAAGUUCAUUCUCAUUUCUCUAUAUGUGUUUCUUUGUUUAUGCAACCUAAGCGAUGGAAAAAAUAUGCAAGAAAUUCUCUCAGUGCCAGCAAUCCUAGUAUUUGGGGAUUCCUAUGCUGAUACUGGGAAUAAUAACUACAUCGACACUAUGUUCAAGGCCAACUUUCUUCCAUAUGGAAAAGAUUUUAUGGGCGGAGUGCCAACCGGAAGGUUCUCCAAUGGGAAAAUAAUCUCUGACGUUUUUGCCGAAGGAUUGGGAGUGAAGGAGUAUCUUCCACCAUAUCUUGACCCUUCGAUACAAAUUAAUGAUCUUUUGACGGGUGUAUGUUUUGCUUCUGCUGGUAGUGGGUAUGAUCCACAAACAACCAAUCAAACGAGGGCUAUCCCAAUGCUGGAUCAAUUGGAUUUGUUUAAAGAAUAUCUUGGGAAGCUUGAGACCAACAUUGGGGAAGAAGCUGCAAAAGAAAUAAUCACAAACAACGUAUUUUUGGUAGUCGCAAGCACCAACGAUAUGCUUUUUUCCCUUCCUGCAAGUGGAUUACCGGAUGAUGUUUAUGAUAGCAUGCUAGUAAACUUGACGUUGAGUUUUGUGCAGGAACUAUACAAACUGGGAGCACGAAAGAUAGGGGUCUUUAGUGCACCACCUGUCGGUUGUCUUCCUGUAGAGAGAACAUUAGAAGGAGGUUUACUUAGGAUGUGCGCCGAAAAUCAAAAUCAACAAGCACAAAUUUUCAACAAUAUGCUAAAAGGACAACUCCCAAUUCUUGAAAGCAAUCUUCCUCAGUCCAGGAUUGCCUUUGUUGAUUUCUACAAUCCCCUAAUAAGCAUCAUCAAUAACCCUGAGCAAUAUGGGUUGGAAGUUACAAACAGAGGUUGUUGUGGAACCGGAUUAAUAGAAUUUAGUUAUACAUGCAAUCAACUCGUCGGAACAUGCCCGGAUGACUCUAAAUACUUAUUUUUCGAUAGUGGCCACCUCUCAGAGAUUGGUUGUUACAUCUUUGCAAAUCUAACUCUACCUGGUUUGGUGGAGAAUUUGUUCUAAUAUAAUCGAGAUUUCACUGGUGAGGGAAAUUGCUAGGAUCAAGAUGAUUCACCUGGUUUAUGUUUGUAAUAUAAAGCAAUGCCGAUGUAUUCCCUAUGAUUUAUGAAUCCAAAGAAUGGAACCUUAUAGCCUUUGUUGGAUGGAAAAUAUAUUUAUGUUUGUAAU